ACAUCCCUCCCUUCUCCGGUAAUCCGCGGAAGGCUCUCGCUCUCACUUCACCAUGGCGCUGCACUCCAAAAACAGCGCUGUAUACGUGGCGCUCACUGCGGGUUUGUUCCUUUGCCUGGGAAGCCUUUCCCCGGCCGUCUGCCGAACUCCUGCCAGCCUGUCCGGGCUGUUACCUCCUUAUGACCAGCUCUAUUACUUGGGAGUGCGGGCUUAUUUUAACGAGGAAUGGGAGGAAGCAGCGGAACUUUUUGAGAACUCUAUUUCUACUCGCGCGGCGCUUCGGCGCGCCAGGAGAAAAUGCAACGACGAGUGUCUAUCAGCGGGAGUCGACAAAGUGUCUAAUCUAGACACAGAGACCGGCAGUAUGUGGGACCUAUCGAUGCUGGACUGGGUUCAGCGUCGGGCUGAGUGUAUCCGGUUCUGUUUGGGUCUGUCAGUGUCCCGGACAGGACAGCUCCCUGUGUCUGCAGACAUUGACUAUGAGUUUGGCACCAGAAACCCUUACAACUUCCUACAGAUUGUCUAUUACAAGUUGAGGAAGCUGCAGAAGGCUGCAUCGGCUGCGCAGACGUUUUUCGUCGCCAACCCCAGUCACCUGGAGAUGAGGAACAACAUAGAGAAGUACAGACGCAUGGGCGGAGUGAGAGAGGACGCCUUCCAGGACAGAGAGAGAGAACUGGAGAAGCACUGGGAGGUGUAUGACUCCGCCCUGCUGGCGGAGAGCGCGUCUGAUUGGCUGCGCGCCGUGGAGAGGUGGAAGGAGUGUGUGAAUGAGACGCUGAGGCAAACGGAGGAGUGCAGGGCUCAGUGUGUGGUCGCAUCACAGGGUCUGCCCGAGGACUCCGAGCAGCUCCGCGGAGUCUACGAGAGAGCAGCAGCGCUCUCUCUCUCUCUCCUGUCUUGUAAGCAGUCCUGCAUCUCCCUGGUUUCAACGCGACCCGGAAGGGUUUCUCCUCAAGAGGAUUUCCUGCCCACACAACUGGAACAUUUACACAUCGCACAGUUCAAAGCUGGUGACCUGAAGGGGGCAGUGCAGACACUGCGAUCUCUGCUGUUGUUCUACCCCUCAGAUCCAGACAACCUGAGUAACCUGCAGCUCUACUCUGAUUCACUAGAGGGCGACAGUGAGGCCCAGUCUGUAGGGCCUGCUCAGGCGAUCUCUGAGUACGUGAACAGAUCUCUCCUGGAGAAAAAGCUGCUGUACUACGGUGUGGCAAAUCUGGACUACAACUUCACCGAUCCAGACCUGUGGACUCCAGAGGAGGUCAUACCCGAGUCUCUGAGAGGAACAUGGAGAGAAGAGAGACAGAAGGUGCUUGAGAAACUGAAGGAGGGAGAGAAGGUGGUGGAGGUGGAUGACAGUGGAUUCUAUGCAGGUGGGCCAGUGCCUCUGGUAGGUGUGACGAUCACUAUGGAUGACAAGAUUCUGAACGGGACCAAUCGGGUGGUUCUGGAUGGAGUUCUGACCCAGCCUGAGUGUGACAACAUACUGAAGCUGGCGUCAACUGCGGCGUCAUUAGGAGACGGUUACCGUGGGCGACGCUCUCCUCACACACCUCAUGAGAAGUUUGAAGGUCUGACCGUUCUUCGGGCCCUAAAGCUGGCUCAGGAGGGCCUGGUGAACCAAUCAGACGCCAGGCUGCUGCAUGGGAUUGGAGAGAGGGUGAGGACGCUGGUCCAGUCAUACUUCAGGAGUCACUCACCACUCUACUUCUCCUACACACACUUAGUCUGUCGCUCGGCCAUCAAGGGGCAUCAGGAGGGCAGGUUGGAUCUCUCUCACCCAGUUCAUGUUGAUAACUGUAUACUGGAGCCUGAAACCAGACAGUGCUGGAGAGAACCUCCAGCAUUCACUCACAGAGAUCUGAGUGCUGUUUUGUACUUGAAUGAAGACUUUGAGGGAGGAGAUUUCUUCUUCACUGACCGCGAUGCAAAAACGGUCACGGCAAAAGUGAGGCCAGGUUGUGGGCGUCUGGUGGGGUUCUCCUCGGGUCCAGUUAAUCCUCAUGGUGUCACUGCAGUGACGGCAGGACGGCGCUGUGCUCUGGCCCUCUGGUUCACCACUGAGAAACUCCACAGAGACAGGGAGCGGGAACAGGCGGAGUCUCUGUGGGAAGCAGAUGGACAGAGCGUGGUGAAAAAAGAACAGAAGGAUGGAGAGCGAACCGGUGCACCUGCACGCAGUGGGAGGAGUCAAGGUGCCCAGGGGAGGAGCAAAGAGAGGGAGAGAGUUAGGAGCGGGCGGGACGAGCUGUGAGAGUGACGGCUGUAAAAGCCAAUCACAGGCGGUGACGGUCGUGAGUUGUCCAGAUGCUCCGCCCCUCUCGGCCUCCGUUAACACAUACGACAGGGUCACAGUUAGGGUUACCGCUCUAGUGUUUUCUCCCACCUCUCACAGCGAGGUACACACCAUUACUCCUGUGUCUGAGUGUG